GAAGUGCAAAAAGUAGAAAAGAACGAGUGGAUGUCACUUACCCCGUGGCUCAUCCUUUUUUAAGUUUUAUCGCUCUCUCUCUCUCUCUCUCUCUCUCUCGGAGUGGAAUUCCGCCAUGGUGAAGCUUUGGGGUGUCUUGAGCCUUGUGAUGGUGAUCUUGAUGCCGGCGUACUCCAAGUUUCCUCCGACUUGCAAUCGCAUCGAGUGCCCUGCCUACGACGUCAUAGACUCCGGCGAUGAGUUCGAGAUACGGCGUUACAAUUCCCCUGUUUGGGCCUCCACCGCUCCCAUUCCCGAUAUCUCUCUCCGUGAAGCAACCAGAGCAGGCUUUCUCCAAUUGUUCGAUUACAUUCAAGGAAAGAACAGUUACAACGAAAAGAUAGAAAUGACAGCACCGGUGAUCACGGAGGUUUCUCCGAGCGAUGGACCGUUUUGUGAAUCGUCAUUUGUCGUUAGCUUCUACGUACCGGGAGUGAACCAAGCAGAUCCACCCCCAGCCAGAGGGCUUCAUGUACAGAGAUGGAAUUCAACAUAUGUAGCAGUUAGACAAUUUGGAGGGUUUGUUUCUGACGAAAACAUUGGAAGUGAAGCUGCUGCUUUGGAUGAAAGUGUUUUUGACACAAAGUGGGGUGCAGCAAUAAGCAAGAGCCGUGGUGGUGGCAGUGGUGCUUCCAUUUAUACUGUGGCUCAGUACAAUUCCCCUUUUGAGUUUGAAGGUCGAGUCAAUGAGAUUUGGUUCUUGUUUGAUAUUGAAGAUGUAGCUGCAGCUCAGGCUUAGAAAUAAAAUUUAGUGUUUAAUGCUAAAUUAAAAACUUUUUCUCUUCUUGUUUAUGACAAAAUCCUUCAAUAAAAUAUUAGGGAGUUCCAGAUAUU